GGACACCCACCGCUGACAGGAUUUGCAGUCUGCUCUGAAAGAAUUGUUACUCAAAUGUGCAAACACGUCCUAAAUGCCCAAGUUUCGAUCCGCGCGCCCUGUUGCAAACAAUGGUUUGACUGCGCCGAAUGCCAUGCCGAAUCGCAGGACCAUAGACUGGCGAAGACGACUGAGAUGGCAUUCAUAUGUAAGAAGUGCAAGAAGGCAUUUCGGAAAGAUAUGACUGCGUAUGAGGAAAGCGAUGAGUAUUGUCCACAUUGUGACAAUCAUUACGUUCUUGAGGCGAAAACCCCUCAGGCAGCUAUCGGCGUUGAAGGUGAGGAUGCGAGGGUCGAUGCGCGCAUGCUGAAAGACGACCGCGAGAGGCACGACCCAAAAAGGUCUCUAUUUACACGAGACGUAUCUGAUCGAAUGGGAUAGAUUGAGACAGAAUACUGUGGCAGGCUGCCCGUUGAUAACAUUUGCUGUGACUGCAUUGAGUUUUCUGUCUUCCCCGUUUCGCUUCUAUUUUUAUUUUGUUAUACCUCUGUUAGGUGACCUGGUGACUGAAUCGAUCUAUACCCCUCUUCUCGUGGUGACCCCGAUC